AUGCUUAAUUUUCUAACAGAAGUCACUGGUGCUUUAGCACAAACUUCUGCUCGUCGACCAAUUCAAUUUAUGGUUGUACCUGCUUUAUUAGCAUCGAUCGCGUAUUUAUCAAUCAUUGACGAUUAUAUUCCUGAGCAUAUUAAAUCUAGUUCUGGUUUAUCAGGUAUAAGUUAUUAUCAUCCUUAUACUUCAUCUCAUUAUAAAUCUCAACCUGAUUUGGAUAAAUGGACUGCCAUUGAUAAAGAUCAUAUCAAUGAUGAUAUUUAUACUCAAGCUAAUCGAAUUAGUGUUAUACCAUUAAGAUUUAGAAGAUUUCAAGAUGUUGUUCCAAAUGUUCCUAAUGCCAUUCAAAUUUCUGAUAAUGAACAAAUUUUAAUUAUCCCAACUAAUGAAAUUGAAAAUUCAUUAGAUCAAUUACAAGAAAUAACUAAUAAUGGAAUCACUUGGAAAGCAAGAAAUAAUGAUAAAUUGGCAAAAUAUUAUGAUUAUAUAAGAUAUGGAUUCAAUAAAAUUCAAGAUGCCAUUCAACAUGCAGAAAAUUUUGAUAUACUUUUAAUAUUUGUAGCAUAUCUUGGCAUGUGGUAUGCAAUAAUUAAAGUAUUUGUUGAUAUGAGGAAAAUAGGUUCGAAAUUUUGGUUAGCUUUUUCCACAUUAACUUCAUCAACAUUUGCAUUUUUAUUGGCAUUACUUGUAUCAAAUAAAUUUUUAAAUACUAAAGUUUCAUUAUUAAGUCUUUCUGAAGGAAUUCCAUUUUUUGUUUCAGUAAUUGGAUUUAAACAUAAAGUAUCAAUUGCCACUAUUGUUGCCAAUUCUUCUACGGCAUCACCAGAAGAUGUUCCUCAUGUUGUUGGUAAAGCAGUUUCUUCUCAUUGUUUAAGUAUGUUGAGAGAUCAUUUAGUGGUUAUUGGUGGAUUACUUUCUUGUGCCAUAUAUGCUCAUCAUUUGACAGGGUUAAGAAAUUUUUGUAUUUUAAGUUCAUUGAUUUUAUCAUUUGAUUUGAUUUUGGUUUAUACAUUUUUUUCAGCUAUUUUAGGUUUAAAAGUUGAAAUCAAUCGUGCUCGUCGUACUGAGGAUUUACAAAAUGCUUUAGAAGAAGAAGGAAUUUCUUCAUUAGUGGCAGCAAGAGUUGCUGAACAAUCAGCUACUAUUGAACAUCCUAAUGAACAUAAUUUUUUCAAAUCCAAUAAUUCUUCUAUAGCUUAUUUCAAAGUGAUAAUGAGUCUUGGAUUUUUUGCUUUCCAUGCUUUUUGGUUAGGUAGCUCUUGGUUAUAUAGUACUACUGAUGGUGGUGAAAGUUUUAGUCGGUUUUCAUUCCUUUCCAAUAUUCCAAGUUUAAGUAAGGAUAUUUCUCAACAAAUCCCAAUUGGGAAAAAAGGUACCGUGGUUACAAUUUUACCUACCAUAUUUUUUAUGCCAUCGGGAUUUAUUGUUCAAUUGGAAGAUUUCAUUUAUCUUGUAUUGAGUAAAUUUAGCAGUGCCAUUAGAGAUAGUAUAAUUUCCAAGUUUUUGGUGUUUGGAUUUGCCCUUUCAGUCGUUACUAAUGUUUAUUUUUUGAAUGCUGCUCGUUAUCAAGUAAGUGCUACUCAUAAAUUGAUUGAAAAAGAAAUUUCCCGUCCUCAAGAGAAUACUACCACUUCCACCACCACUGCCACCACUUCUUCUUCGGGUGUUGCCACUUCCAAGGAUAAGAGAUUGAAAUCUGUUCGAGAAAUCCCCGAUAAUGAAAAUGAUGAAUCAUCAGAUGAAGAACUUGAAAUUAAAGCCCCGGUUAAAGUAUUACCACUUGAACAAUGUGUUAAAGUAUUGAAAGAGGGUCAAGUGAAAACUUUAUCUAAUGAUGAAGUAUCAUCUUUAGUUGUUGGUGGUAAAUUACCAUUAUAUGCAUUGGAAAAACAAUUAGCUGAUAAUAAACGAGCAGUUAUAGUCCGUCGUAAAGCUAUUGCAAAAUUAGCUAAUGCUCCAGUAUUAGAUACAAAUCGUUUACCUUAUGCUCAUUAUGAUUAUGAUAGAGUAUUUGGAGCUUGUUGUGAAAAUGUCAUUGGAUAUAUGCCGUUACCAGUUGGAGUUGCUGGUCCAUUAAUUAUUGAUGAAAAACCAUAUCAUAUUCCUAUGGCUACUACUGAAGGUUGUCUUGUUGCUUCUACCAUGCGUGGUUGUAAAGCUAUUAAUGCUGGUGGUGGGGUUGAAACCGUUUUAACUCGUGAUGGAAUGACAAGAGGUCCAUGUGUUCGUUUCCCAACAUUGAAAAGAGCUGGUGCUGCUAAAUUAUGGAUUGAUUCUGAACAAGGUCAAGCCACUAUUAAAAAAGCUUUCAAUUCAACUUCUAGAUUUGCUCGUUUACAACAUAUUCAAACUGCACUUGCUGGAACCUCAUUAUUUAUUCGAUUCAGAACUACUACUGGUGAUGCUAUGGGGAUGAAUAUGAUUUCUAAAGGGGUUGAAUAUUCAUUGAAAUAUAUGGUUGAAGAAUGUGGUUGGGAUGAUAUGGAAAUUGUUUCUGUAUCAGGUAAUUAUUGUACUGAUAAAAAACCUGCUGCCAUCAAUUGGAUUGAAGGUAGAGGUAAAUCCAUUGUUGCUGCUGCUCGUAUUCCUGCUGAUGUCGUUACUAAAGUUUUAAAAUCUGAUGUUGAUGCAUUAGUGGAAUUAAAUAUUUCUAAAAAUUUGGUGGGGUCAGCUAUGGCUGGUUCAGUUGGAGGAUUUAAUGCUCAUGCAGCAAAUUUAGUCACUGCAGUAUAUUUAGCAUGUGGACAAGAUCCAGCUCAAAAUGUAGAAUCUUCCAAUUGUAUUACAUUAAUGGAAAAGGAUAAAGAAACUGGUGAUUUGAAUGUUUCAGUGUCAAUGCCAUCAAUUGAAGUAGGAACAAUUGGUGGUGGUACUAUUUUAGAACCUCAAGGUGCUAUGUUAGAUUUAUUAGGUGUUCGUGGUCCUCAUCCAACUAAUCCAGGGGAAAAUGCUCGUCAAUUGGCUAAAAUUGUUGCCUCAGCAGUGUUGGCUGCGGAAUUAUCUCUUUGUUCUGCUUUGGCUGCUGGUCAUUUAGUCCAAUCACAUAUGCAACAUAACCGUAGUAAAGCACCUGGUGCUGCUGCUCCUACAACUCCAGCCAUUACUGAUGCAAAAGCUAGUAAUGGAAGUAUUGCUACUAAUGGGAAAGAUUUGAGACGUCUUGAAGAAGGUUCAGUAACAUGUAUUAAGUCUUAG